CUCCAUGAAAGUAUUCGAAACAGUUGUAUGGCUGCCUGGAUACAUGGAAGUACCGGUAUACAUACUGAGGCUCCGAGUCUAUGCUACUCUCUGAUUUCGUUUCAUGUAGUCUAGUUGGAGGCUGGAGACUGCCAUCUCUGGCAAAACACUCAAUCGAGUGACAGUCGAGUCGAGUCUCUGGUCGGUAUCGUCGAUUCGAUUCGAUUCGAUUCGAUUCUAUUGGAUUCGAAUCAAUUCGACUUCCCCUGAGAGGCGGAAGGCAGACAGACCGCGCGGAGUUCUCUUUGUUGAAUGUGUUCGAGACGACGAUGGCUCCUCCGAAAAAGUUCUCCACCGACGAGGACGUCCCAUACAGUAGCAUCCGUCGUUCAUCACCUCAAUCACAGUCGCUCUCUCUUGUCGUACUCGUACACGUAUGCUCUAUGACAGUUGCAGUUGAGCCAUGAACUCUCGCAGUAGUCACCCUCCGACGUUGCGUAUCAAGCGGCUCUUGUCCGAGUUGACGAGCAGCCAAAAGUCAGAAUCGCGAGUCGUUGCCAUUGUCUCGGAGCUCAUCGAUUACUUCGCGCAGUCGCAUCUACUCGCUUUGACGCCUAGCUAUCUCUAUCUGACUGGAAAGCCAAAGACAGGAGCUACACCAUUGCAUCUCUUCUUGGACCAAGGACGCGUGGACAAUGCCGACUUCUUGGAGGAGUUUUGUCGGCGUCUUUCGUGGAACGUCUUUUGCAAGUUGCUCGCCACUGUCGACACGGACGGAAACCUUCCCAUUCACUACGCGUGUCGUUACUGCUCGGCACCCGUCAUUGACUUCCUCUUCCAGCAGCAACCAAAUCUUUUGAUGCACCAAGGCACGUCGAGCCAAUUCGAGAUGCCAUUUGUGGAAGCCAUGAAACGACUGCGCCACCAAGUGCCCGUGACGACGCUUCGAAAGAUGCUACAAGUUUGCCCUGGAGCCGCUGUGGAUGCCUCCAUCUUGCCCUACGCCAUCUACAACUCAUUUCCUGUUGACCUUUUGGACGCGAUUGCCAACGAAUUCCCCACCACCAACUUCUUCAAGUUGGACCUCCCAGGCAAUGGUUGUUUCACACCAGUUACGCUGGAUCUUUCCCGAGUCCUUUGCAAGGUCCUACCGAAGGUGUCGAUCUUACAUCUCAAGGUGAAUGAUUGGGAGUCGGUGGCAUUCAACCUGUUCGCACAAACACUCGGAACCCAGGCACAUGACACCAUUGCGGAAAUUGCCUAUCUUACUCUACCUUCGCGGACUGGUCGCGAAGACAUAUACCGAUGCAUUGAAAACCUCGUGGUAUCACUUGCGCCCAACACAAGUCUCAAAAGAGCGCAUCUUUUCACCGUUGAUCAACUCUCUGUACUCCCUUGGGCGUGCAUUUUGGAUCGUUGUUUUCACGCGGUCGACGGUGCAUAUGCCAACCGUGAGAAUGUGGUCAUCAGAGAAGCGAGACCCCGGGAAACCUUCGGUGGAUUCUGGGAGUACUCCCUUCGUCCAUGUGCAACAAACCAACAGUCGUCAUUGCAUCUAAACUUCCAACGCUUCAACAGUCCUUGGGACAACGAUACCCAGGAGGGUAUUCAAAUCUUCCUCAGCGCCAAAGGAUUCCAAUCCCUGACGUCUUUGAUUCUUCACUCUGGGCGCCGGGUCGCCCCGCCACAGAAACAUGACAUCACUGGGCUUGCACUCGCCGCUCUACAAGAGUUGCCGCGACUACGAGAGCUACGAUUGUUUGGAUUUGAGAUUGACUACAAACUGUUGUUCGAUGCUCUCAGGGAGAACUCCCAGCUUCAAGUAUUCAACACGUUCCACUACAAAAGACCCAGUGACACCAACGAGCCAUACGAAGCAUGCAUCGAAACGUUGAAGCUCAACACAACUUUGAUCGAAUGUGAUCCCUUUGGUAGCAGCACCGGGAGCAGGGUCCACUACUACUUGCACUUGAACCGCAUGGGAAGAUCCCGCGUCCGAAACAGUGACAUCAUCCCGACCGAAGUCUGGAUUCAAUUGUUGCUGGCUGUGGAGUCGGACGAAUACUUAUCCGCACAGGAAGAGAGAGUUCGCCAGAGUCUUUGGUGCGGUUUGAUGCGCGAAAAUCCAGGCCUCUGGUGUCACGGUACUGGCCGCGUUGUCCGGGAGCACAUCAGCAUCCUUUCAGGUCGCAGGUUGGAUCCGUACAGUCGUCACACAAGAACUCUAGAUUGGAUGGUUCCGCCUCCUUCCGGCUUUGCGAGCCCUUUGCGUCGUCCCAAGCCUCGCCGCAGCCGACGUCUCAAGCAGAAGGAAAAGCUCCCCUAAACCAAAGAGAAAGAACCGACACCAACCCUCGCCUUUCCGAAGGUUGCAGAAAACUUCUGUUGUCGUCGAGUUGGCGGUGUCGAGAUAGUCAGGCUUGGAUCGUCCCGUAUAUUGCUGAAUUGGCCCAAGCAGGCGGUGAAGAGGCCGAUAGCGUGUAAACAUAUUGUCGUUUGGAAGCAGCGUCGGCGCCUAUAAAGCUGUAGAUAGUUAGCUAUUUGUUCAAAUCAAAGGAUCUGUUUUGACGUC